AUGAUCAUGGUUGGUUCCUUGAGAGUUGUCGCAUCCGUUUUCUUCGUUCUGCUCAUCCUUGCAUCUACUGUUCAAAACUUUUGCGCUGCAAACACGAAUGUGACCUGCCACGAGAUCGAGAGACAAGCUCUUCUGGAAUUCAAGCAAGACCUUUCAGAUCCUUCAGGUCGACUUGCAUCUUGGGGCAAUAAUUUGAACUGUUGCGAUUGGACUGGAGUUGUAUGUGAUAACUCAAAUGGCCAUGUGCUUGAGCUUCGCCUGAGAAAUCCUUUAGAUCCUUAUAAAGGAUUUUACAUUCCAAGUGAGGCCUAUGCAAAGGUAUGGUUUGGUGGCAAGGUUAAUCCUUCUUUGCUGGAUUUAAAGCAUUUGAGGUACUUGGACCUCAGUGGCAGUAAUUUUGGAGGAAUAAUUCCCAAGUUCCUCAGUUCCAUGCAGUCACUAAGAUAUCUCAAUCUCUCUGCUGCUGGAUUUGGGGGACUGAUUCCACCUCAACUUGGAAAUCUCACCAAUCUCCGCUUUCUUGAUCUCCAUGAUUUGUCAUCUCUUCUCUAUGUUGAAAAUCUUCAAUGGCUUUCCAAUCUUGUGAAGCUGCAACACCUCGAUCUGAGCCGUGUAGAUCUCAGCAGAGCCUCAGAUUGGUUUCAGGUGACAAAUGCACUCCCUUCUUUGGUAGAACUUCACUUAUCAGGUUGUCAACUUGAUCAUCUUCCUCCACAAACUAAUUUUAAUUUCUCAUCUCUCUUCAUACUUGAUCUUUCUUCCAAUUCAUUUAGCAACCCUUUGAUUCCUUCUUGGAUUUUUAGGCUUAAGUCUCUGGUAUCCCUUGAUCUCAGUCAUAAUAAUUUUGAAGGCCCACUGCCCGAUGGUCUCCGAAACUUCAGCUCUCUUAGAUAUCUCAAUCUAUAUUGGAACAAAUUCAAUUCUUCAAUACCCACUUGGUUGUAUGGUUUCAGGAGUCUCGAAUUCCUAAACCUUGGCUCCAAUAAUUUGCAUGGUCCCAUCUCUAAUGACUUUGGAAACUUGACCUCUGUCGCUACACUUUACCUGUCAGACAAUGAACUUGAAGGAGUCGUACCACGAUCCAUGGGAAGUCUUUGCAGUUUGAAGAAGAUCGAUCUCUCAGGUCUCAAAUUGAGUCAUGACUUAUCAGAAGUCUUAGAAGCUUUAUCAUCAGGAUGCCUUUCAGAUAGACUAGAGUCUCUAUAUUUAGAUAGAUGUGAACUUUCUGGCCAUUUGACUGAUCAACUACUAGAAUUCAAAAAUUUGGCAGACCUGUCUCUGUCCAGGAAUUCAAUUUCUGGUCCAAUACCAGUAUCACUAGGAUUUCUUGCAUCAUUAAGGACAUUGGACCUGUCUCGAAAUCGAGUGAAUGGAACUUUUCCUGAAUCAAUAGGACAGCUUUGGAAAAUGGAAAAAUUAUGGUUGAGUCGCAAUCUGUUAGAGGGUGCGGUUACUGAAAUUCACUUCGCUAAUCUCACCAGAUUGCGCUUAUUUCACGCGUCUGGAAACCCUUUAGUUUUGAAGGUAAGUCCUCAAUGGGUUCCCCCUUUCCAUCUUGGGCUUAUGGGUUUCUCGUCAUGGUAUUUAGGUCCAAAAUUUCCUUCCUGGCUUAGAUACCAAAAGGACUUUGUUUAUUUGGACAUCUCUGUUACAGGAAUUAUAGACACCAUUCCCAACUGGUUUUGGAAUUUGUCUACCAUGUUUUUUUCUUUGAAUCUCUCUCACAACCAAAUCUAUGGGAAAGUUCCUGAAUUCAUUGCCUCUUCUCCUCUUCUUGGUGUUCCUGUAUAUAUUGAUCUUAAUUCUAAUUACUUUGAUGGUCCAUUACCCUGUUUGUCCUCCAAGGUAAAUACACUUGAUCUUUCGAACAACUCAUUUUCAGGACCUGUUUCUCCCUUGUUGUGUUGCAAAAUGGACGAACCAAAGUGGUUGGAAAUUCUUCACAUGGCGGACAACCAUCUAUCAGGAAAAAUUCCUGAUUGCUGGAUGAAUUGGCCAAACUUGGUUUCGAUAGAUUUAAAAAACAAUAAUCUAUCUGGUAAUAUUCCAAGCUCCAUAGGGUCAUUGAGCCUUCUUCAGUCAUUGCACCUUGGCAAGAAUAACCUUUCCGGAGUUUUGCCCUCAUCCCUGCAAAAUUGCACUAAGUUGUUGGCUAUUGACCUUGGUGAAAAUAAUUUUGUGGGAAAUAUUCCUGCUUGGAUGGGUGAGCGGCUCUCCGAUAUCAUUAUUGUCAGCCUCCGUUCAAAUAGUUUUGAAGGUCAGAUUCCUGAUAAAUUGUGUGCUCUGAGUUACUUGGCAAUCCUGGACCUCGCACACAACAAUCUCUCAGGAAGCAUACCGAAAUGUUUCAAGAACUUCAGCGCCAUGGCUGCAACACAGAAUUCAAGUGACCCUAUUUCUUAUGCUUUUGGUCACUUUGGCACCUCCUUGGAGACCAUGCUAUUGAUGAUCAAAGGGAUAUUGCUUGAAUAUGGCAGCAUUCUCCAACUGGUAACAACCAUAGACCUUUCAGACAACAACUUAUCUGGUGAGAUCCCAGCAGAAAUAGCAAAUCUUUUGGGCUUGCGGUUCAUGAACUUGUCCAACAACCAUUUGACAGGAAUGAUUCCCAAGGAUAUAGGCAAUAUGAGGUUACUAGAAUCUAUUGACUUAUCAUGGAACCAAAUUAGCGGUGAAAUCCCUCCAGGCAUGUCAGCUUUAACAUUCUUGAGUUACUUGAACUUGUCACACAACAACCUGACUGGAAAAAUCCCAUCAAGCACUCAACUCCAGAGCUUCAACAUCUCCAGCUAUGAGGGAAAUAAUCUCUGCGGGCCUCCACUGUUGGAUAUUUGCAGCCCAGAUGCCACAACACCUGCUGACAAAACUAGAGGGAGAAAAGCUGAUGGAUUUGAAGUGGAAUGGUUUUGGUUUUAUGUAAGUAUGCCUCUCGGUUUUGUUGUGGGCUUCUGGAUUGUCAUGGGUCCUUUGCUGUUCAAUAAGUCAUGGCGAUUUGCUUAUUUUCGCAUGCUGGACAGAAUGGAGCACAAAAUCAGGGCAGUUGCUACUAAUGGUCGCUAGAUUCAUACAUUCACUAGAUAUUUGUCGAGCAUCUUGGCUUAUUUUAUAGUAAACAGUACUAAAAUAUUGUUACAUGUAAUAAAUGUUC